AUGGCCGCCAACGAUGCGCCACAGCCCGUGAAGCUCUCCCUGCCGCUUGAAUAUCAACAAGCACUAUUCCAGGAGCUACGCUCUGAGGAUGAGCUCGUCAUCUUGGCGCGCGGCCUUGGGCUCAUGCGCCUGCUCACCAACCUGUUACACUCGUAUGACGCUGCCGGCAACAGCCUGAUCGUUGUUGUCAAUGCCGAGGACCGCGAGAAUGGCUGGAUCGGCGAGGCGCUGGCCGAACACGCGGCUAUCAGUAGGGCGCCGCUUGCCCGCGGCCUGACCGUCGUCAACACGGAUUACACCAACGUCGGCGCCCGCGAGAAGAUGUACGCAGGCGGUGGCAUCUUCAGUAUCACAAGCCGGAUCCUGGUGGUUGACCUGCUGACGAAUCUUCUGAAUGUGGAGAAAGUCACCGGCAUGGUAGUCCUGCACGCGGACCGGGUCGUCGCCACCAGCCUGGAAGCCUUCAUCCUGCGGAUCUACAGGCAGAAGAACAAAGUUGGCUUCCUCAAGGCUUUCUCGGACAAUCCGGACCCCUUCACGACAGGAUUCAGCCCCCUGGCGACCAUGAUGCGGAACCUCUUCCUGCGCAAGGCGAGCCUGUGGCCGCGCUUCCAUGUCUCGGUUGCCAAGUCGCUCGAGGGCAGGAGGCAGGCCGAGGUCAUCGAGCUGGAGGUGCCCAUGACGGACGCCAUGAAGGAAAUACAGGCCGCGGUCAUGGACGCCCUGACCAAGAACUUCGACGUCAUGGUCCGGCGCCAGCUGGACCCGAACUGGCACCGCGUCAGCUGGAAGACGAAGCAGAUCGUAGGAGACCUCACCGUACUGCGGAGCCUGCUGCAGGCUGUGGUUGCCUAUGAUGCUGUUGCGUUCCAGCAGAACCUGGACACCAUCCAUGCUGCACACUCCCCGGCGCCAGGCUCCACCAGGCAGACACAGUCGCCCUGGCUGUUUCUAGAUGCUGCGCAGACCAUCUUCGAGACAGCAAAGAGGAGGGUGUACCGGGGCACGAACAAGGCGGGGGCCGACUCGGAUAUUGACUCCCUGCGGCCGGUGCUCGAGGAACAGCCCAAGUGGGCAGUCCUUGCCGAUGUCCUGAAGGAGAUCGAUCGAGACCUAUACUUUGAGCCGCCGGCUCGUGAUGAUUCCAACGGAACCAUCCUCAUCAUGUGCUCUGACGCGGCGACGUGCAGGCAACUCAAGGACUACCUGCAGACCAUGCAUGUAAAGGUCAAGGAUGAACAACGGCGGAAGAAAGUCGUCAUCGAGGGAGAUGAAGAUGACGACAACGAUGACCAGCCCUCUGGCAUGUUCAUGAUGCGUCGCAGACUCCGAGAGUACCUAAAGUGGAAGAAGGAAUUUGCCCAAGUUAGUGCACUCCUGUUCGCCGAGAACCAGAACGCGCUGAAAGGGGCGUCUGAUCCGAGGCUGCAGAGGGGAAGCAGAGCACCCGCCAACAAGAGGAGACGGGUACGAGGGGGCGGCUCUGUGGCUACGAGCCUGGGACGCGCAGAAAAUGGCAGCAUUAUGCCUUAUAUCGAAAAGGCAAAUGAGGUGGCAGACCUGAUGGAGGAGGUCCAGGCCACUGAGGAGGAUGCCAAACAGAAGGCGGACGUGAUCGGACAGGCCGAUCCGUUAGAAGAUAUGGACGACUUUUAUCAGCUAUAUGACAUGCAGGAUCUGGUCGUCAUCCAUGCCUACGAUGGUGACCAGGACGAGCAUAUCCUGGAAGAGGUGAAGCCCAAGUACGUCAUCAUGUAUGAGCCAGACGCCUCUUUUAUCAGACGCGUGGAGGUGUACAGAUCAUCGCACAACGACAGGAAUGUGCGGGUAUACUUUCUCUACUACGGCGGGUCGGUGGAAGAGCAGCGGUAUCUGUCGAUAGUCCGAAGGGAGAAGGAUGCUUUCACCAAGCUGAUCAAAGAGCGCGCGAGCAUGAGCAUCGUCUUGACCGUUGACGCACGCGGCGCUGAAGAUCCCCAAGAGGCCUUUCUCAGGACCGUCAACACUCGGAUCGCUGGUGGCGGGCGUCUGGCCGCCACAGCACAGCCGCCACGGAUCGUGGUGGACGUUCGAGAGUUCAGGUCGUCCCUGCCAUCACUCCUGCACGCUCGCUCGAUCAUCAUCGUACCAUGCAUGUUGACAGUGGGGGAUUACAUCCUCUCGCCAAACAUCUGCGUGGAGCGCAAGUCGGUCAGCGAUCUCAUCUCUUCGUUCAGAGACGGCCGCCUCUACACCCAGGCCGAGGCCAUGUUUCAGCACUACAAAUCACCCAUGCUCCUCAUCGAGUUCGACCAGAACAAGUCCUUCACCCUUGAGCCCUUUGCAGACCUCUCUGGCAACCUCAGCAGCGUCAACCCGGCCAACGUCUCCUCGGACCUGCAGUCCAAGCUCGUCCUGCUGACUCUCGCCUUCCCCAAGCUGCGCAUCAUCUGGUCGUCCUCCCCCUACCAGACAGCCGAGAUUUUUGAGAGUCUGAAGGGGCAGGAGGAGGAGCCUGACCCGAUCGCUGCGGUACGUGCCGGCUUGGACAAGGACCAGGCGGCGGAGGAACAACCAUUCAACCAGCAGCCCGAGGAGAUGCUGAUGCAUGUACCGGGCGUUACAAGUAAGAACAUCAAGAACUUGACGCUGGAGACAGAGAACGUGCGUGCGGUGGCGAAUAUGUCGGCACAAGAGCUGGAACCGAUGGUCGGAAUAGAGGCGGCGAGGAGGAUUGUGGGCUUCUUCGAGAAGGACCUGAUUGAUGACGAGGGUUAA